AUGGUUCUCAUCUCGAUCAAUGCUUGUACCUUCCACCCCUUGUUGACCUUCAUUCCUUCGUUCCUUAACUGCGAGUCCAAGGAGAGUCCUCAUGGCGAAGUGCGCGUCGUUUCCCGGUUCGUGCAGCCUGCCAGCGUAGCGGAUCCUCAGUCUGUUCAUGACGACUGCCAGCAAUGGGGCAGUUGUGUUUUGAAGUGGAAUGUAUUGUGCCAGGGCCAGAUGGAUCCAGCAGAUUGCGUCCACGAAGAUCUCGAGUUCUCUCAAGAGGACCAGGUCGCCGUGAAGCGAGUAUGCCACGCCGAUCACAUCUCUUCCUUUCUGCCACUCAACGAAUCUGCGCUUCAAGUCCUCUGGAGAUAUGGCCUCUGUGUCACCGAAACAGAAACGUUCCACUUUGGGCACGCGGUCCUGGACGGCAAACUGAUAAGUUCAAAUGAGAUCUGA